AUUUAUGCACUUAUUCUAUCAAGUUUUACGGUGUUUGAACGUGAUCCUCUUUGCUAUCAUUUGACAUAUGUUUUGACAGAAAAUAAUAUGGAAGAAGCAAGUACUUCAUCAGUAUUCAAUUUGUCUGUAUCCGCGAUGUAUCAAUUAUGUGGUCAACCGGUAGCUGUUGAUUUGGUCAAUAAUAAAACUGUUUGUGGUAAUAUAUUCACAUUUGAUCCAAUCAGUCAUUCUGUUGUAAUCAUUGUUUUCGCAUGUAACACAGAGCCAAGAACAGUGAAAAUUGUUCCCGGUAUUUCGAUAAAACAUUUGAGAAAAUUGGAUGAUGAUCAGUUACCGGAUGGAUGCAUUAAAAAAACAUCGGAACUGGAAUGUUGGCUUGGGAAGUUACUUAGAGCAGCACCGCAAUCAUCCAAACAACAAGUUUCAGAGAGACGGAAAAGGUUGAUUGAAUGGUUAGAACAGAAUCAGAUCCGAGUAAAAAGCAAUGAUGACGGAUCAGUCACUGUGUUUGAUGCUGUGCGGAUUGUCGCACCCUUUACGGCAGAGGAUUGUUUUUGUGACAAUGCUGUCAUUUUAUCGAGAAUGAAAAGAUUGAUCUCGAAAGUUCCCGAAAUGAGCACUUCAUCAAGAAUUUAAUUUAUCUGUACAAUUGAUUGAGACUUCAUUUGCUAUUGCUUUUGAUUUUUUUCAUUAUUAUCGUACAUGUGCAGUUGUUAAUAAACACAGAAGAUAUGGA